CGGCGGCGGGAGCAAGAGCGGGGCGGCAGGAAGCGAGGGGCCGGCUGCGCCUCCGCUCGCCGUGUUAUGCGAGAGCGCUCCCGCCCCCGGGGCUGAGGAGACGCGGGCGGCGGCAGGAGCGCGGGCGGGGCGGCGUCCCCCCGGAGAGAGCGGCGGGGGGUCCCGGCGGCGGGGGGCGGCCGCAGGCCGGCCAUGGAGGAAGGGGCAGCAGACCUGCGACAGAGAAAGAAACAAAACUGCACGGAAUCUGACAAAAUGGCUCCAGAGGAGAGAAACAAAGAAAACUCAAAGCUGGGAAGAUCGCCAAAAUAUAUGUUAAUUCAGCGUUUUGCGAAACUUUUCUUUGGGUGUCUCGCGGCAGUCACUAGUGGAAUGAUGUAUGCUGUGUACCUCUCAACAUAUCAUGAACGGAAAUUCUGGUUUUCCAGCAGGCAGGAACUUGAACGAGAAAUUACAUUUCAGGGUGACAGCGCCAUUUAUUACUCAUUCUAUAAAGAACUGCUAAAGGCUCCUUCCUUUGAAAGAGGUGUUUAUGAGUUGACACACAACAAUAAGACAGUAUCACUGAAGACAAUAAAUGCCGUCCAGCAAAUGACUUUGUACCCAGAGCUGAUUGCCAGUGUUUUAUAUCAAGCAUCUGGUAGCGAAGAAGUUAUUGAACCAGUGUAUUUCUACAUUGGUAUAGUUUUUGGACUGCAGGGAAUUUAUGUGACUGCAUUGUUUGUAACCAGUUGGGUUAUGAGUGGGACUUGGCUGGCAGGAAUGCUGACUGUAGCAUGGUUCAUUAUUAACAGGACAGAUACAACAAGAAUUGAUUACUCCAUACCAUCAAGGGAAAAUUGGGCUUUGCCAUAUUUUGCAUGUCAAGUAGCAGCUCUCACAGGCUAUUUAAAAAAAAACCUAAAUUGUUCUGCUGAGAAGUUUUGUUACCUUUUGGUGAGUGCUUCAACGUACACCUUCAUGAUGAUGUGGGAAUACAGUCAUUAUCUCCUGUUUGUCCAGGCUGUUUCUCUUUUUCUGCUAGAUGGCUUUGCCCUGGCACAGACAGAGAAGGUGCAUGAAGUAUACAAAAUCUACUUGUUUUCUCUCUUCUUGGGGUACCUUUUGCAGUUUGAAAAUUCGGCCUUACUAGUGUCACCAUUGCUGAGUCUAGUAGCAGCUUUAAUGCUCUCUAAAUGCCUUCAGAUGAAUAUGAAAAAAGGUACAUUUCUGUCAAGAUUGCUGAAAAUAAUGUACAUCUAUUUGGUACUUACAAUAACAGUGACACUAAACUUCUUACUAAAGAUGUUUGUUCCUCAUAAAGAAAAUGAGCAUUUGCUGAAGUUCAUUGAAGUAAAACUUGGCUUAAACACAACUAAGAAUUUUACAAUGAAUUGGCUCCUUUGUCAAGAAUCUCUUCAGGCACCCUCCCAAGACUUUUUUUUGCGACUAACACAGUCAUCACUGUUGCCUUUCUAUAUCUUAGUAUUAAUUAUCUGCCUUUUUUCUGUAACUCAGGUCAUUUUUAGGAGAAUUUGUGGUGAACCACUGAAAGAGACAGUUAAACUUGAGGAUGGUCGAAUUGGAGAGAGGCCAGAAAUAGUUUAUCAUGUAAUUCACACAAUUUUACUUGGUUGUCUAGCGAUGUGUUUGGAAGGAACAAAAUAUCUAUGGACGCCUUAUGUUUGCAUGUUGGCUGCAUUUGGUGUGUGCUCUCCCGAACUUUGGAUGACGCUUUUCAAGUGGCUUCGACUGAAAGCUGUGCACCCAAUAUUGCUGGCUCUUAUUCUGAGUAUGGCAGUUCCCACAAUAAUUGGAUUCAGCUUGUGGAAAGAGUUUUUCCCUAGGAUAAUGACAGAGCUUUCUGAACUACAGGAAUUCUAUGAUCCUGAUACAGUAGAACUCAUGACAUGGAUAAAACGCCAGGCUCCGGUGGCUGCAGUGUUUGCAGGCAGCCCACAGUUAAUGGGUGUCAUCAAGCUUUGUACCGGAUGGAUGGUGUCCAGCUUGCCUUUGUAUAAUGAUGAUGAUCUUCUAAAAAGAAAUGAAAAUAUUUAUCAGAUCUAUUCAAAGAGGUCAGCAGAGGAUAUUUAUAAGAUACUGACAUCUUAUAAAGCCAAUUUUCUGAUUAUUGAAGAUUCAAUUUGCAAUGAAGUGGGACCUGUAAGAGGAUGUAGAGUUAAAGAUCUGUUGGAUGUUGCUAAUGGUCAUGUGGUUUGUGAGGAAGGCGACAGUUAUGCCUACUCAAAAUAUGGACGAUUUUGUCAUGAAAUCAAAAUGAACUAUUCUCCAUAUGUGAAUUAUUUUACUCGGGUAUACUGGAAUAGAUCCUACUUUGUAUAUAAAAUCAACACUGUGAUAUCCUUCCAGUCAUGAAAAAGCAUGCAAGCUUCUUUCUGAGGAUUGAUUGUGAAUGAAAUUCAGUUGGAAAAGUUCCUUUUGAUCAAGGAAGUUGUUUCUGCAGAUACAUGUGCGCACAUGCAGUGUAUUGACAACUUUAUUUUACCAAACUGGAAUUCUUUGAACUACAGAUCAACAGACACAGAUACCAUCCUUGAAGGAAACAGGAGAAUAUGUCAAUUUUACAGUCUCUACAAAGUGUGACAGUCUUCCACGUUUUUGCAUUUUUCUUCCCAUUAUAAAUCAUUUUAAUCUUCAUGUAAAUGAGAUUUCUAACUUUAGUGUUAGAGAACUGAUGUGGGUAGACUUCAGUAAAUGCAGAAAAUUAUUUAAAGAGCUCAUUUAAGUCAUAUAGCUUUUCUUUUUUUAGCAAGAAAGCAAUCAUUAUCCCGAGUCUUUUCAAGUAAGUGUUUGGGGUUUUUGUUUGUUUUUAUUGUUUUAAUUCUUCCUGUCUUCCACUAUAAACAUUUCUAUGUUUAUCAAACACACACUCAUACAUCUUAUGUCUAGUUAUAGUGUUUGUAUAAAUCAAAUAAGGAAGAUUUUAUUUAAACAACACUUCCAUAGAUUAAGGCACUGAUGUUUACGUUGUUGGAGACACGUUGGUGGAAGCGCUUGGACUCAGACCUGGCAGUAGAAGUUAAAAAGCUCUUCAGUUUGGAAAGAACUUGUGUUUAGGAUUUUUCCAUGGUUAAAUGUGGAUGUGUGUAUGCGUAUGUGUGUCUUAGCAGCCGUCAGAACGGGCCAGUAUCCAACAGUGUGCCACACUUGUUUUUAGACAAGUGUAGCAGGACAACUAGGGUUGCUACUGAGACUUCUGCACUUCUGUUCCACCCCCUCUGUGUGCCUGCUGGUAUAUAUGUGUGUGUGUGUGUGUAUGGGGAGGGAUGGGUGGUAUUCAUUUCAUCCAGCUUAGUGUGUGAUAGUGCCAUAACUGUAAUUUAAAACACUAAAAUCACCACCAUUAAUAAAUAAUGGUACGGUUGUUCAUAGCUAUUUUUAUAUCAAUUAUGCAACUACACCAAGAUCUUUGAAAAUCUGGGAAAGUACUCUGCAAUCUUGCUUCUCUCUAAAGUUUGUCUUCCUUAUGUGGCCCCCUUUGCCUCUACAACUAUUUUUCUUAACAAAUAUCUGUUCAUCCUGUUUGUUGCUGGCUGACGUACUUUAAAGAGAAUGAAUGAUGCUUUAAUUCCAGCUCUGGGUUGUGAAUGGAAGAUCCAAUAGAAGGUAAUAGUAACUUUGCUUAUGUAGGUGUAGCUGGGCAAAAAAAGCAACCAAGAUGUAAGUUUUGGAAGAUGUCAUUCCUCUGUUAAGUUUUGGAAGGGGUUAUUCCUCUCUUGAGAGUUAUCUGUAGUUAGGGAUUCUUGUAACACCUGGCCCAGAGACUAGUCUACCAGGCAUGUGGGAAUGAUUCUUUGGAGCCCAGAUGUCUUUAAUGAAGGAUCUGGCAUAAUAGGAUGAACCUCCAACUGAAAAAUCUGCAAACCACUCUGCACAUGAAAGCUGCAAAACCAUCGUUUACUGCCCUUGUUGGUAAAACACAAACUCAGAGAUUUUUAACUCUGAAAUUUUUAGGAACUGCAGGAUGUUGGUCUGUGUACGUGAUUCCUGUCUGCUCUAUGCAGAUAUAUUUGCUUACUUGACACUAACAGGUAGUGCUAAGAUUUUUUUUAAACCUAUUGUCACUGUUGGAGUGAUUUAAAAGAAAAUAAGCUUUAUUGUAAAAGUCAACAUAUCUGUAAUCUGUUUUUUCCUUUCAGUUAUAUUUUUAGGCUUACGAGUCUUGACAAGCUGUUAAAUUAUGCAUUUUAUUUGAAACCAGUGUUCAGAUAAAUCCAUCAAAUAGGUGGUCAUUGAGAGAGAUGUUUAUCAGUACAACUGAGUUAACGAGUUACAAGUACAUAUCCUUUCUGGGGUACAGUUGUUGUGCUGAGGGCAGUGUGUACGUGUGUCUCUGGCCAAAUGCAGUCUGUGUUUAUUUGCACAAGUGUGUGUGUUUUACUGCCCUGGACUCUUUCAGACUUCUCAAUUACCGUGCAAGGACAGAAGCUAAUGAAUUAAUGAGCUAUGGCAAGCCUGCAGGAGCCUUCUCUGUAUGUGCUAGCGUGGGUGUAGAUGUAAUAUUAGGAAGUAAGUUUAGAGUUCCUUACACAAUUUAAGUUUGUUUGACUUACCGUCAAGGAAUCGUAUGUCUGUGUGUCAGUCAUUUACCCGCCUGAAGUUAAUCAUUCGUGAAUACCAGUUCAUAACAGCAAUAAGGCAUUCCGGGUAGGAAACUUCAGGGUUACAACUGCACUUGGGUGGAUGAAGUCGCAUAGUUUACGGCUUGGUGCCUUAGACUGCCAUGCCAAGGUGCAACAUUUAACUGUCCUUGACUGCCUGUUGUGUUUUACCCCAAUGCUGUGUGUAUGUGUUACCACAUAGAACGUAGUUUGAGUACUUACAUGUAGAGCACGCAUGUUAAGAAAAAAAAAAUCCCAAACGAGGCCAUCCGUACGUCUGAAGAAGACUGUCUUGUAGCACGUUGGCCUUUAUACAUGUUUAAAUGAACAUGUUGAACUUUAUUUGAACUGUGACAUAGUUGUUGUUAUUAGUUUUGUCAUAGUUUUUAUGAUGUAUUCUUGAUACUUCGAUUGAUUCUGCUUUAGGAGAAUCAUUUAAGAUUUUUACCUUGCUUUUUAUAUUAGAGAAAAUUGUAUUGCAGCACCCUUGGCACAGCAGCCUUAAGUAACAGAAGGAGCCUUUUAUGUGGGAGAGACAUUGCUGUUGUUCCAGUAAAAAGGCAUCAUUUGAAAAAUGAGUGACUGGAAGAAUCAUAUCUUACAAAGAAAACGAUAAGCUUGAAUUUCUUAUCCAGCUAUGGAUUAGCAAAAAUAGUAUUGUCUGUUCUAAUCUCCACCUUCUGUGUAAAAGAAACAGUAAGUUUCACGCUAUCCCUCAGAAGGACAAUGCUAGUGCACAAUUACAUGGGACUUGGACACACAACCCUUGCUUGGUUUUCAGCCGGGCCACGGGGUUAACUCCCUGAAAGGGCUGGGGGAACCUUCUGCAAAUUUUGGUCUGUUUUGCUGUAGAUGUUGCAAUUCAGUUGAAACAUGUGCCUUGCAAGCUUUUAUUAAACAAACAAAAAACUUGGUUUGUGUA